UCCCGUGCCCCGAGGCCGCGCGAAUUGCCCGCCCUGCCCCUGCCGCCCGCCACCACCCGGGGGCACGCCAGUAAUUUUCCCGCCGCCACCGCGUGCCGUCCGGUCUCCGGACCCCGGUGGCCUGUCGCCUCUCGCCUCGCCUCGCCCGCCUGCGCUACGACGCUCGCCGCGCCUGCAGGCCGCCCGCGCCCCUCCCUGCUGUCCCCACCCGCCCCCGUCUCCGAACCCAAAACCCACCGGCCUCGCUUUCGCCGGUUACCCGGUCAAACGCAUCCAACGGCGGGCGGCACGUCUCCGAUCGGGUCACCACGAUGCCAGCCCCGCCCGCCGGUCAGGGUCCGGUCAGGUCGCCCCCACCGCGUCGUCACGUGCGACGCGCGUGCCGCGCCGUGCCGUCCUCGGCCGGCGCCCCACCCCUCCGUCGCCGUGUCCUUUUAUUCCACCCGGCCUCGCCUCACCGCACCUCCCCCCAAUUCACGCCACCACCACGACUUCCGUGCUCGCCGUCUCGUCGGGCUAGGGUUCGGCGCGAGAUCUGAUUCCGGGCGCCGGAGGAGGAGGGGAUGGAGGUGAGGGAGAUGGCGAUGGCCGCGGCCGCCGCGGCGGCGGUGGGCGGGGGAGGGGGCAAGCUACCGCCGCCCAAUCCCAACCUGCCCUACAGGGAGGACUGCUGGAGCGACGGCGAGACGGCCGCGCUCGUCUCCGCCUGGGGCAGCCGCUACGUCGAGCUCAACCGCGGCAACCUGCGCCAGAAGCAGUGGCAGGAGGUGGCGGACGCCGUCAACUCGCGCCGGGGAGCCUCCGCGCGCCGCCGCCCGCCGCGCACCGACGUGCAGUGCAAGAACCGUGUCGACACCCUCAAGAAGAAAUACAAGGCCGAGCGCGCCCGCAACGCGCCGUCCGGCUGGUCCUUCUUCCAUGAGCUCGACCGCCUCGUCGGCCCCACCCUCAGCGCCUCCGCCUCCAAGAGGCCCUCACCGUCGCAGGCGCCUCAAUUUGCCCUGCCCUUCCCUCCACCAGCCUUGAGGAACCACCAGUCGUCUUCACCGUCCCCGCCUCCGCCUAUGGCUCUGCCGCUGCCCGACUACCACCGUGGGUCUCCACUUCCUGCUGCUGCCCUCAUCCAGAAGGCCGCUGCAGCUGCAGCUGCAGCCGUGUCUGAUCUGGAGGACUCUGAUGAUGACGGUGGUAUCAAUAAUCACAAUUCACAGAGGUCGCCAUCGCACUCGGUGUCUUCCCUCUCUGGCAAUGGCAAUAACAAGAAGCACAGCAGAGAUGAGGCUGGCAGCGGGGGCGACAAAGGUUUCAAGGAGCUAGCAAGGGCGAUCGAGGCUUUUGCAGAGAUGUACGAGCGCGUGGAGAAUGCUAAGCAAAAGCAUGAAUUGGAGAUGGAGCGGCAGCGAAUCGAAUUCCUGAAGCAGCUGGAGGUGAAACGCAUGGAGAAUUUCGUUGACGCCCAUGUGAAGCUUGCUAGGGCAAAGCGCCCUAAGAAGACUACAGGGGGUGCAGCUGAUGGCGCUGGUGCAAUGGAGUUGGUUGCCACCGUUGCUUCGAUGCCUUUUGUCUCCACCUCCACCUUCCUCUGAUGUUGAAGGAAGAGUUCAGAUCAUUGAUGGCGUCCUCUCUGGUGAAGGGCUGCUUGGUAGUGAACGCUACUGCCGUUGGGGUAUUGUUUAGUCUGGGCUGUUCUUCUCAGGUUCACCGCUGUUUGUAAUCUAGUACAUGAAGAUUAAUCGGGGACUAAAAAUUCUUAGUGUAAAGCUAUGUUGGCAGUGUUUCUUCCCGGCUGUUUACCUGAUUGUUUUAUUGACAGUGUAGCUCAGAGUGUCUGACCUUGUCUACAAAAACAUGGUGAAUGAAAAUGGUGUCAAAAUCAUUUCCCAUUCUUGUCUGGGAACAUGCAACUC